GGGUGAGAAGGUUUUUACCAACUACGCUUUGUUUCUUCCCACGACUGUUUUGUCCUGGCUUUGAUGUUUUAAGGAUUUCAUAUGAAGGGAAAAUGGCUUCUUAAUCCUGAGGAACCGUUAGCUUCUCAAGCAGCAACAUAAAAUUUAGAGUUGGCAGAUGGCGUCUCUAAUCUGCACCUUACGAGACCAUCAAGACGAUGUCAACUGGUGUUCCUUCUCCGCCAGACUGUUGGCCACCUGCUCCGGGGACAAAACCCUCAGGAUAUAUGACGCUCAUGACUUCUCCGAGCUGCCUUUCUCACCCCUGACAGGACAUGGCUACAGCGUCCACUGCUGCUGCUUCAGCCCCUGCGGGCAGUUCCUCGCCUCCUGCUCCACUGAUGCAUCCACGUUGGUUUGGUCCAUGGUAACGGGUGACAUCGAGGCCGUCCUGGAACAUCCUGGCCGCGGUCCUGUUAGGAUCUGUGCGCUUUCUCCUGACUCGGCCCACCUGGUUUCUGGUGCAUCUGAUGGCACCUUGGCCCUCUGGAAUUUCCCCUCUAAAAAACUGUCAAGGACGGGGGGAGUGAGUGACACAACGAUGGUAGCUUGCUCCUUCAGCCCUUGCAGUCAGAUGUUCAUGACGGGCUCCACCUACGGAGAUCUGCGUCUGUGGGAUCUGGACUUGAACCACCUCCUCGCCGAGAAGAAUGCCCACGACCUGGGGGUCUCCUGCUGCAGCUUUGCUCCCAGCAUCCUUAGCGGCGGCCAAGUUGUGCAGUUUCGUUUGGCAUCCUGCGGGCAAGACUGUCACCUGAAGAUCUGGGCCAUUAGCAAGUUCGCCUCUGGAGGAUUUAAGAUGGUCCUCCUGCAUACACUAGCUGGCCAGACGGCUCCAGUCCUCUGCUGCGCGUACUCCUCCGAUGGGCAGCUGCUCGUAUCUGGGUCAGUGGACAAAAGUGUUAAGGUCUAUGAUGCGAAUAAUGCAGUUUUGCUUUACACACUGAACCAACACGAGAGGUAUGUGACGGCAUGCUCCUUCUCUCCAACCUCACCACUGAUCGCCACCGGAUCCAUGGAUAAGACCGUCAACAUCUGGAGGCUGGAGGACAGAUGCAGCGGACACGGUUUUAAAGAAGAGUCUGCGGAGACAUCCUGUAAAGGAAAAGCCACGGCGGGCCUAUCGAAGCUGCUGGUCGCCGAUUGGUCGGAGAGGGAUGUGACAGAGUGGCUGGUGGAGGAAGGGCUCGAGGGAUUGGUGGAUAAAUUCAAGGCCAAUAACAUAGAUGGGACAGAGCUGCUGAGUCUCACCAAGGAGACACUGGCGUCAGAGCUGGGCAUAGAGUCGGUCGGCCUGCGAAGUAAACUCCUGAGGAAGGUGGAGGAGCUGAAGAAUGAUUCAGUGUGCUCAGGGAUUCCUGAUGAGUUCCUGUGUCCAAUCACCAGAGAACUAAUGAGAGAUCCAGUCAUAGCAGCCGAUGGAUACUCGUAUGAAAGAGAGGCCAUUGAGAGCUGGAUCAACACCAAGAACCGUUCCAGCCCAAUGACCAACCUUCCCCUGCUGACAACACUCCUCACACCCAACCACACCCUCAAGAUGGCCAUUAGCCGCUGGAAGACCAGCCAGUAGCAUGCUCUGACCUGCUCCAUGUUUUCUUCUAAAGCUAAUAGAAACAAGAUCCAUCUGGUUCAUGGUGGGGUUCUUCGUGGAGGAACAAAGCUUGACUAGGCAAGGACAAACAUUCAAUAUCUAGAUAUGCCGGGCCUAUGCAUCUCAAUAUUAAUCACCCUGAGCUAUGAGCUAUUGGGACAGGUUUGAGAGGUUUUGGAACAAUGUGUAAAAGUAGAUCUCCACCAUUCAAGAAAUUAGGAAAUACAUUUUGGAAGAACUUGGCUGACAUGAAUCUGUUGUGGGAGAACAUGGUGAUCUAAGGCUUUGCUUAAACCUUUUGUUUAUUUCUAGAAAGUGUGCAUAUGACUGCAAUACUACGCCACUGGUCGCCACUUGGUGAAUAUUUUGAAGCAUCUCCGACUUUUCUUGACUUCCAGUUCAAAUCUGUGUAGAUGAUCAAAUUUACAGUGCUGGCCAUAUUUAUUGGCACCUGUAAUAAAGUAGUGUAAAAAUUAAUUUAGCUUAACAGCUGAAUAGUAUAUGUCUAUUUAACACAGUAUAUCGCCCUUCAAUUUGUUAAGACAUCCUUCAAAUCUGUGUAAGAACUGUUUGAAAAUAGUCCCUUUUUUACAGAAAGUCUUAUGCUUUUAGCUUACAAGCCUACAACAUUACCUCAUUUGAAUACAGAAUCUGUGGGUGUGAUGUCAUUUUUUAUGAAGUAAUUUUUUUAGGAGUAAUUGAAAUAAAACAGUACUCGAAUAAUCUUCAGGUAUAGCAUCACAAGUUGAUAGUGACAGCGCUGGGCAAAAGACAUGUGUCAACACCCAGCUGGUGAUAAAUCAAUUACAUUCAUCAAACUGUAGAACAUUUAUACAAGGCAAUGUAGAAAAUCUGACAAAAGCAGUCAUUGUCAUUUUCCCUUCGUGUGUAUAUAUGUCAAGUUAUGAAAGGACAGUUUUUUCCAUUCAUAAGCAGCUCAGAGCUUAAUCAACAUUUUCCCAUUUAACUGUGAAAGAAGUAGAUGUAGAAAUACAGUCCAUCAAUAUUUUUUAAUAUACCACAAUUAUAAUGUGGCAACAUUGUGUAUAUCAUAGUAUAACUCUGCAAAGGGUAUAUGACAACUAUGGACAUAAUGCAAUGUAAUAAGUCUCAUAAGAUUUAUCUGUCCUACAUUCUGUAAUUUCUCUCUUUCUGUCUUCAAGCUCAUAAACACUUUGUCUAAACAUGGUCUCUGCUAUGCAAAAAUAAAUAACAUACUAUAUACUGUAAA